GCCAGAUGUGUUCCGAGGAGAGACAAUUACUCUCAGCUGUCAGGUUAUUGAAUCUGAGGGAUGGACAUUUGUGUGGACCAGACACAGACAGGGUGGUCUAAGACAACUUUCAGCCUCCAUCAGUAAUAGCUCCGAGUUGGUCCUGAGUGUUGUGAGUGAGAGACAGAGCGGAAUGUAUCAGUGUGAAGCUGUAAAAGGAAAUGAGCGAGCUUUCAGUAACAUCCAUACCAUAACAGUCUCUGCUGAUCGUCCUCAGGCUGUCAUAGUCACAGAUCCCCCAGCCACAGUGAUGUUCACAGGAGAAACUGUUAGCUUAGCUUGUGACAUCAGGAAUGGGCCUGGCUGGAGAUAUUCAUGGAGCAGAAACACCCAGGGAAGAUUAGAGAGCCUCUAUGCCCGCAGUACUGAAAGCCAACAAAAGCACAUCCUGCACUCUGUAAGGGAGUCAGACAGUGGAGAGUACUUGUGUCAAGGUGAACGAGGACAAAACCCUGUGAUCCAGUCUUCCCCUGGAUCAUUUCUGUUACAUGUGUCUGGGGAAGAGCCAAAACCUGUUAUUACCCAGAAUCCCCCCAAUGGAGAACUGUACACAGGAGAGAGAGUCACCCUGAGCUGUCGGUUUGGGGGAGAUCCUGCUGGCUGGGAGUAUCUCUGGUACAAAGACCCACUGAGAAACACUGUGCCCAACACUGACAGCAGCAGGACUGAUGGGUCCAGUUUCACCAUCAGCGGUGCUGCUCUGACCCACAGUGGAGAGUACCGCUGUAGAGCUGCAAGAGGAAGACAACCUUUUUACUCAGACUACAGUGAUCCUCUGACUUUAAGAAUGUCUGAUGUAGUGGGAACAGGACAGACAGACCGUACUACUCCCUCAUCAGUGAAGGCUUCAUGCCGAGCCAUAUCA